CCCCAACCCCCCAACCCCACAAGCAAAAAGGCAUACCGCCCGUUAAAGCAUCGGUUGCUUCAACUUCAGCAAAUUUGGGCAGCUGAUUCUCUCUACUUCCGUCUCCUUUCUUCUCUUUAUCUUCUUCAAUUGGCUUUUUAUCCAACGACCGAUCGAAUGAACGAAUCCGCCUCCAAAAUUCUCCUUGACGUUUCCCUCUGUCUUAUGACUCCAGUUUGAAAACUUUAAUUUCAGUCGAUUGAGGAAGUCAUGGCGUACAGAUGAGAUCAGCCUCGAGCUGAGUUCAAUCAUCAUCAACACUCUCUCUACAGCUACAAAAGACAUUUUCGUUCGGGAGCAAUGCCUCUGACGUACGAUUUCUGGAGUGUGUUGGUAUAACUUAUUAUCUGUUCUAAGGUGAACCCUGCAGAAAUUAGAUGUCCUGUGUUAUCUCAUUUGGUUUAAUCUCGAGUUUCUAGGUGGUCCUUGUAGUUUAAUGAUUUGGUUGGCCUAACUGUACAAGGCCUACUUUUAUUUUCUUUUUUAUGGGUUCCCCUAAGAGAGCCAGGAUCUCAGGGAAAAAAGAUUAUGAGGUUGAUUCUGAUGUAAAAAUUGAGAGAUUCAGGGAUGACGAUGAAUGGGUUGAGGAUGAUAAAAGAAAGCACCGAGCUAGCAAAUCACGAAGGCCUGGGAUUGAUGAUGAAGAAGGUGCAGGGGUAGACGGUAGUGGGCAAAAGAAAGGUGGCGAGAGCCGUAAGAGAUCAAGUGGCUCAGCCAGAGCUGAUAGUGACGAAGAUGAUUUUGAUACAACAAAAGAUUCACUUUCUCGGGAUGUGAAGAAGAGAAGGGAGGGGAACACUUUGGAUCGACUGAAUAAUAGGUACCAAGAAGAAGAGUUGUUGGAAAGAAGGGAGGGAAGUAGAGAAAAGGGUCAUGGAUCUUCUGAGCAUGGAAAAACUUCAAGAAGAAGAUGGGAUGAUUCAGAUGUUGCUUGGCGAGGUGAAGAUAGCAACUAUGUUGGUACGUCUGAGGUAAGAGUUAGGAGGCCUAUUGAGUCUAAACGUGACAAUUUUAGAUUUAAAACUGAUGCUUCAGUAAUUGAUCAGAAUGAGAGCCAAACCAGGGAAUCAGAUGCUAGUGUUGAAAAGCUUAUUAUGGCUCAGGAAUGGGAGGACAAAAAUUCUGAUCCUGCAAGGAAUAAUAGGGACAGAUUUGAUGCUUUAAGGGAAGAAGUUAAAGUGACUUCAUUCAAACGUGAAGAGCAUAGCCAGAAAAAGAAUUCUGCUGGUAUGGACAAUGUCGACAGCCAUGAUAGGUCUAUCAAUGUAGACGAAGAUAGCAAUGCAUGGAUGAGAGACAAGACUAGGAGAGAAAUAGACACGUCUAGGAGAUCAGGGUCUCCCGAGAGGAAUGGAAGACGAAAUCAUGAAUUGGACCCCUCGGACAUAGAUUAUGAACGAAGCAACUCUUUUAGGAGGAAAGAACAAGACCGCGAUAGCUAUAGAGAUGAUAGAUCAAAAGCAAGAGAGGAGAGUUGGAAUGACCGGAGCAGGGAUCGUGAGGGCUCUAGAGAAGGUUGGAAAAGAAGACAACCCAACAACGUUGACAAGGAAGUAAAGGACAUUAAUGCAGGUUAUGAUCAUGUCAGAGAUUGGGAUGUGCCAAGACGUGGCCGGAUGGACCAUGAAAGACCGCAAGGUCGAUCCUCUGGUAGGAAAGAUGGUAAUAGAACUGAAGCUGUGAAAAUAUCAUCAAAAUAUGGUAUAUCAAAUGAUAAUUAUGAUGUAAUAGAGAUACAAACCAAACCCUUCGACUACGGAAGGGAGGACUCGAAAUCCGUCCUUCCUAGAAGCAGCAGACUUCCUCCACUAUCUGAUACGUUAAAUGUGACUGAUGAAGAGAAUGCUUAUCCCAAGGAGGAAAGAUCUAGAAAUUCUGCUGAGGAACCAAAAGAUACACUCGUAGAUGAAAAUGACUAUCAAGCUGGAAAAGCACGUGGCCAGAAGGUUGGUAUUGCUAAUCGUGUUUCUGGGAACCAAAGCUCUGGUGGUGGCACACAGAUGCUUCAUGGAAACCAGGAGAAUUCUUCUGUGAGAUCUGGGUUACAAGGACUUAAAGGUAAUAGAUUACGAGGAAGGGGUAGACCUACUGGUAGAGAUGGUCAACAAGUUGGGCUUCCAAUGACAAUGAUGGCAUCACCUUUUGCACCACUUGGAAUGCCACCACCUGGAUCACUGCAAUCUUUAACUCCAAGCAUGUCUCCAGCACCAGGACCCCCUAUGUCUCCAGCUGUCUUUAUGCCACCAUUCCAGCCUCCAGUUAUUUGGCCUGGUGGUCGAGGUAUUGACAUGAAUUUAUUAGCUGUUCCACCAGUUCUUUCACCUGUUGCUCCUGGGCCUUCUGCCCCCCGGUUCCCCCCUAAUAUAGGGACCUCACUGAACCCACCUAUGUAUUUCAAUCAAGCAGUUCCCAGAGGAGGUCCACCAAAUGUACCUGCCCCAGGUUUCAAUCCUGUGGCGCCCUCUGGGUGUGGACAACCACCUCAAGAUAAAACAUCUGGUUGGGUUCCUCCUCGAUCCGGGGUACCUCCUGGUAAGGCUCCUUCCAGAGGAGAGCAGAAUGAUUAUUCUCAAAACUUUGUUGACACUGGUAUGCGUCCUCAGAACUUCAUUAGAGAGCUUGAGCUCACCAGUGUCGUUGAGGAUUAUCCCAAGCUUCGAGAGCUUAUACAAAAGAAAGAUGAGAUUGUCGCAAAGUCAAAUUCUCCUCCUCUGUAUUUGAAGUGUGACCUGCGUGAGCAGGUGCUUUCUCCAGAAGUUUUUGGUACUAAGUUUGACGUCAUUCUUGUGGAUCCUCCUUGGGAAGAGUACGUUCAUCGAGCACCUGGCGUUACUGACCAUAUGGACUAUUGGACAAUUGAAGAAAUAAUGAAUCUGAAAAUUGAGGCAAUUGCAGACACACCUUCUUUUAUUUUCCUUUGGGUUGGUGAUGGCGUUGGGCUUGAGCAAGGUCGCCAAUGUUUAAAGAAGUGGGGAUUUCGAAGGUGUGAAGACAUAUGUUGGGUGAAGACAAACAAAACUAAUGCAACUCCUGGAUUACGGCAUGAUUCUCAUACUUUAUUCCAGCGGUCAAAGGAACAUUGCUUAAUGGGCAUAAAGGGAACUGUUCGUCGCAGUACUGAUGGUCAUAUAAUCCAUGCCAACAUCGACACUGAUGUCAUAAUUGCUGAGGAGCCGCCUUAUGGAUCUACUGCAAAACCUGAAGAUAUGUAUCGAAUAAUUGAGCAUUUUGCUCUUGGCAGAAGAAGACUUGAGCUCUUUGGAGAGGAUCAUAACAUUAGGCCUGGCUGGUUAACUGUUGGUAAAGGGUUGUCCUCAUCAAACUUUAAUGCUGAGGCAUACUGUCGAAGUUUUGCUGAUAAAGAUGGGAAGGUUUGGCAGGGCGGCGGAGGUAGAAAUCCUCCUCCAGAAGCGCCACACCUUGUUCUGACGACUCCAGAAAUUGAGGCUUUGCGUCCUAAGUCACCAAUGAAAAAUCAGCAACAACUGCAGCCACAGUCUUCAUCAAUCUCUCUGACAACUGGCAAUUCCUCAAACCGGAGACCUGCCGGAAAUUCACCACAGAACAAUAGUACACCAAGCAUGAACCAGGAGGCCUCCAGCUCUAACAUGUCGAACACACGUCCUUGGGUUUCUCCGAUGGAAGGGUUUAAAGGAAGAGAAGGUGGACCUAUGCCGCCUGAGAUGUUCGAUAUGUAUGGUUAUAAUGCAUCUUAUGGUCCUAAUAGUGCUGAGUUCAUAGGUUACGAAUCCCAGAGAGCUAUGAAUAUGUUACAGCAUAACGCUCCAUUUUAA